AUGUCUGACGUCGUUUUGAAUUUCCUUGCUGGAGGAGUUGGAGGAUCAUGUACCGUUUUAGUCGGACAUCCUUUUGAUACUGUUAAGGUUAGACUUCAAACAAUGCCAUUGCCCAAGCCUGGUGAGAAACCACUAUUCACUGGCGCUUUGGACUGUGUGAAGCAGACCAUAGCCAAAGAAGGUUUCGCGGCCUUGUACAAAGGAAUGUCUGCUCCUCUUGUUGGAGUUACUCCUCUGUUCGCAGUUUUCUUUGGAGGUUGUGCUGUCGGUAAAUAUCUCCAACAAACUCAUCCAGACCAAGAGAUGACAUUCAUUCAAAAUGCUAACAGUGGAGCCUUAGCUGGAGUCUUCACAACAAUAGUCAUGGUUCCCGGAGAAAGAAUCAAAUGUCUUCUUCAAGUUCAAUCUUCUGGACAUGCUCCAUCGGGAGUUCAUUACGAUGGCCCUCUCGAUGUUGUGAAGAAACUCUACAAACAAGGAGGAAUUACUUCUAUUUAUAGAGGAACAGGAGCCACACUUCUCAGAGACAUACCUGCUUCUGCUGCUUAUUUGUCUGUCUAUGAAUUCUUGAAGAAGAAGUUCAGUGGCGAAGGAAAGGAGAGAACACUGUCGCCUGGAGCUACUCUAAUGGCAGGAGGCUUAGCUGGAAUUGCUAAUUGGAGCGUGUGCAUUCCAGCGGACGUUCUGAAAUCUCGUUUGCAAACAGCUCCUGAAGGCAAAUAUCCUGAUGGAAUAAGAGGAGUAUUAAGAGAAGUUCUUCGGGAAGAAGGGCCCAAAGCCCUUUUCAAGGGUUUUACUCCAGUCAUGUUGAGAGCUUUCCCUGCUAACGCUGCAUGCUUCUUCGGAUUAGAGCUGACUUUAUCUCUUUUCCGAUUCCUCGGCGUAGGUGGUUCAACUAAAAAGGACGAGUAA